AAGAUUAACGCCAUGUUGAUGGCUAAAGGGAAGCUCAAGCCUGCGCCUAGCACGGCCGAUAAGCUGCAGGCUCUUGGGAAAGGUCCAGCUGCCAGUAAAAGCAAAGAUGACCUCGUGGUGGCAGAGGUGGAGAUCAAUGAUGUUCCCCUGACGUGCAGGAACCUGCUGACCAGAGGGCAAACCCAGGACGAGAUAAGUCGCCUGAGCGGAGCAGCUGUGUCCACUCGAGGAAGGUUCAUGACUGCAGAAGAGAAAGCCAAAGUGGGACCUGGAGAUCGUCCUCUGUACCUCCAUGUCCAGGGACAGACACGGGAACUGGUGGACAGAGCUGUUAACAGAAUCAAAGAGAUAAUCACUAAUGGAGUGGUUAAAGCAGCCACAGGCUCCAGUCCCACCUUCAAUGGAGCUACGGUCACUGUGUACCACCAGCCAGCUCCCAUCACCCAGAUGUCUCCAGCUGUUGGCCAAAAACCUCCAUUCCAGUCAGGGAUGCAUUAUGUCCAGGACAAAUUAUUUGUGGGGCUGGAACAUGCUGUUCCUACCUUUAACGUGAAGGAGAAGGUGGAAGGACCUGGUUGUUCCUACUUGCAGCACAUCCAGAUUGAAACAGGUGCCAAAGUUUUUCUUCGAGGGAAAGGCUCAGGGUGCAUAGAACCAGCAUCAGGCAGAGAAGCUUUUGAGCCCAUGUACAUCUACAUCAGCCACCCAAAGCCAGAAGGUUUGGCAGCUGCUAAAAAGCUGUGUGAGAACCUCUUGCAAACUGUUCAUGCAGAAUACUCAAGAUUUGUGAACCAGAUAACCACUGCAGUUCCCUUGGCAGGCUUCACCCAACCUGCCACAAUCAACAGUGUCCCUUCCCAGCCUUCCUAUUACCCUUCCAAUGGGUACCAGUCUGGCUAUCCUGUGGUUCCUCCUCCUCAGCAGCCUGUUCAGCCACCCUAUGCAGUCCCAGGCAUAGUCCCACCUGCAGUGCCCUUGGCCCCUGGAGUCCUGCCCACACUUCCUGCAGCAGUUCCACCUGUUCCCACCCAGUAUCCAAUACCUCAGGUCCAACCUCCAGCCAGCACUGGACAGAGUCCUCUGAGUGCUCCUUUCCUUCCUGCUGCCCCAGUCAAAACCACUCUGCCCACUGGUACACAGCCACAGGUCCAAGCCCAUCCCCAGGGCCAAAAGCGACGCUUCACCGAGGAGCUCCCAGAUGAGAGAGAGUCAGGACUGCUGGGAUACCAGCAUGGACCCAUUCAUAUGACUAAUUUAGGUACAGGCUUCUCCGGGCCGGGCGGCGCGCAGGGGGCAGGGCCGAAGGCAGCCGGUCCCUCGGGAAAGGAGAGGGAGAGGGACAGGCAGUUGAUGCCUCCACCAGCUUUUCCUGUCACUGGGAUGAAAUCAGACUCGGAAGAAAGAAAAGGUGUGGGGUCUUUACCAGGCAACCAUGAUCAUCAAGCCAAGAAGAUGAAGACAGCAGAGAAGGGAUUUGGCCUAGUGGCUUAUGCAGGAGAUUCAUCAGAUGAAGAGGAAGAACACGGUGGCCACAAAAACGCAAGUACCUUUCCACAGGGCUGGAGUUUGGGGUACCAGUACCCUUCCUCCCAACAAAGAGCUAAGCAACAGAUGCCAUUCUGGAUGGCACCAUAAAAGCUGCAGAA